UCGAGCUCACCCUCAGUAUUUCCUCUCCAUGCUGAAAACGUGUGAACGCUUCUGGGCGAAGAAACCGUGGAGGACCGCAGUGAACGUGGCUCUGCUGCAGCAGAUCCAGGGAGAGGAGCCUGUUUGCAUUCCACUGCAGGUGCAAAACAAUGGAGGUGAAACUCGAACAGCAGGACGACGAUAUCGCAUUCAGCAACACCGACACUAAUGGUAAACGCCCAGCUGAGGACAUGGACGAAGAACAGGCCUUCAAACGUUCUCGCAAUGCAGAUGAGAUGGUGGAGCUGCGUGUGCUGCUUCAGAGCAAAAAUGCCGGUGCUGUUAUUGGAAAAGGUGGCAAGAACAUAAAAGCCCUACGCACAGACUACAAUGCCAGUGUAUCAGUCCCAGACAGCAGUGGCCCAGAGCGGAUCCUGAGUGUGAAUGCCAGCAUCGAUACUAUUGGAGAGAUUCUGCUGAUUAUACCAACUCUAGAGGAGUACCAGCAUUACAGUGGGAUUGAUUUUGACUCCGAGCUUCGCCUGCUGAUCCAUCAGAGCUUGGCAGGGGGCAUCAUCGGAGUAAAAGGUGCCAAGAUAAAGGAGCUGAGAGAGAACACCCAGACCACCAUCAAGCUGUUCCAGGAGUGCUGUCCACACUCCACUGACAGAGUCGUCUUGGUGGGAGGAAAGCCAGAACGUGUCAUUGAAUGUAUAAAAGUUAUCCUGGAGCUGGUGUCAGAGGCGCCAAUCAAAGGUCGUGCUCAGCCUUAUGACCCUAAUUUCUAUGAUGAGACAUACGACUAUGGCGGUUUCACCAUGUUAUUCGAGGAGAGAGGCAGACGACCCAUUGGCGGCUUCCCCAUCCGUGUGCGUGGGGGCUUUGAGCGCAUGCCCCCAGUUCGUGGCAACAGACCCAUGCCUCCUUCCAGAAGGGAUUACGACGACUUGAGCCCCCGUCGGGGUCCUCCACCACCGCUGAGCAGAGGGGGGCGAGGGGGCAGCCGAGCACGUAAUCUGCCUCUUCCCCCGCCACCACCGCCAAGAGGAGGGGGAGACCGGUUCUCACAUGGAAGUUAUCAUGGCGGCAUGGACGACAGACCAAGUGACAGAAGAGGCCGAGGAGGAGACCGUUACGACAGCAUGAGUGGAGGCGGAUAUGACAACAAUUCUUCCUGGGAGCACUUUCAGUCUGGUGGUAGAGGCUCAUACAGUGAUAUCGGAGGCCCAGUCAUCACAACACAAGUCACCAUCCCAAAAGAUCUGGCUGGCUCCAUCAUUGGUAAGGGCGGUCAGAGGAUCAAGCAGAUCCGCCACGAGUCCGGGGCAUCCAUCAAGAUUGAUGAACCACUAGAGGGCUCUGAGGACCGCAUCAUCACCAUCACAGGAACACAGGACCAGAUCCAGAACGCCCAGUACCUGCUGCAGAACAGUGUGAGGCAGUACUCCGGACGGUUCUUCUAGGAAAAGGGAAGUGAAGAAGAGUGAAGCCAUGCUGCCAUACUGUUUCCUCCUCCUAUUCAGAGCUUACAUUCCUCUGCUUUGCCUCCUUCCCUCACUAUCAAACACUACACCAUCGAUCUAUAAAUCUUUAUUUUGAGGAGUUUUUGAAAAAUCUUAAGCUGUCAAAAAAAGCAAACAAGGAGUCAACAACAUGUUUCUGUGCUGGUGUAAUUAUUUUUAAGGAGAUCAUUGUGCCGUCAUUGGAGUAAACUCAUCCGUGUGAUAACUUUUGGUGUUGUGAGCCACCCCCGGGGCCCUUAUCUCCCUCAUUUCAGUACAGCAUGCAGAAUGUAAUCAUUUUGUAAAGAACAUUAUGUGAGUUUAAGGUUUUUUCAUUUUUACCCCCUCAAACAUUCAAGCACACUUUCUAAAUCAAGAUGCAUGGUCUCAGAAUGGUUAAAGAACAAUCUAAUUGAACUCUAAUUUUAUACAACAUCCGAUAACAUCUUUUUCCACUGUCAAAUGAAGUGCUUUGUUUUUGUAAGAUCAGCUUUAAUGAAGUAGUUUGACAUUUUGGGAAAUACACUCAAUGUUCUGGAGGAGAGUGAGAUUAGAAGAUAGAUACCACUUAUGUGUCUGUAUGGUAAAUAUGAACUGCAGCUGGUUAGCUUAGCAUAGCAUAAAUACGGGAAACCAGGCAAACCUGCUUUAUUAAUGAUGUUCAAGGUCAACAUGCUCCACAUACUAGCACCUCUAAAGCUAGCUAACCCACAAUUUAUUUAUUUUUUGUUAAAAACAUGCAAAAUCAAAGUGUAAAAACUACCCUUUUUUGUUUUUGGAGCAGUAACCAUAUGUGCUGUCUCUCCUGGUUGCCUGGCAACAGAGAUGACACUUUUUUGUAGGCCAAGGCAAGUUAUUUUUGCCCCGGUACCCCUGUCAAAAAAGCCUAUGGGAUUUUUCAUUUGGAUUAUUGCUCAAUAUAAUCUAUGUGGCAACAAACAUUUCUGAUACUUGUUUUGUUCAGCAAGAUAAUCUUCUCAAAUGAACACCAUUUUUAUGAUUUUUGAAACCUAAAUGCAAUCGCGGGAAGUAAAAAGCUAAUGCUAGGCAAUAAACGUACUACUUUAUGUUUGCAAGAUAAAACGUCGCUGUUACGAGGCUGUAAAGCCGUGUUUGGCGUGACGACAUUCUGUUGUCUCACUUAGCCACGUUAGCAACCACCUUUCUUAAGACACAUGAAAACUUCACAGUUCACAAGUGGGGUAUUUAGUGACGUAUUUUACAUAGUAGGUGAAGCUAAAAUGCUAACUCUUGUCAGUGGGAUACUAGUAAUUGGAGGUAACCACAGGUAAAACAGUGAAUCUAUAUUGUUAUCCUUUUGUAGGAAUUAAAUGAGAAAUUACUUGUUAAUUAGUGAGCAUUUAAGGUCCUCGUACUGUAGGUGGACUUUCAUUUAGCUGAACAAAGCCAGGCUAGCUGUUUUCCCCGUUUCCAGUCUUUGCCCUAAGCUAUCAGUAACUGUACAGAUAUGAGAGACGCAUGGUAUCAGUCUUCUAUUCUCCAUCAGAAAUCGAAUAAGACAAAUUUUCCAAAAUGUCAUACUUUUGCUUUACGUUGGAAAAAUGUGCCAGUGUGAAAUAGAAUAAGAAUUUUUAAAGAGAUUUUUUGUUUUUCAUAGAAAGACAAGGAGCUGUAUAAAGUGUGUGUGUAUAUAUUUACAUAGAAUUUCACGAGUGGUUAGGUUAGACAGGCCCAGAAUACUCUUUGGAAGGAUAUGGUGCCAAAAGAAAGGUUUGGUAAUCUUUUUUCUCUAUUUCUAUCAUUAUUUGAUUUUCUGCCACUCAUGACUCGCUGUAAUGCAAACUUUAUAUCUGAUCUUUAUGAUCCAUUCUUGCAAAAUUGUCUUUUAUUUUUGACAGUUUGGAAGCAUUUUAAAAGUUUGUGUUUUUUUGAAAGGCUCUCUGGAGAAGCAGUUUUGAAUGAGGAGCGUACAGCUUUGAGUCUGUGAGUGGUGUUUUCUGUCCAGUUAUAUCUGUAUCUUUGUGUCUGAUAUCUGUAGUACCUGCAGGUGUUUAGUAAAUAAAGUCUGUGUCACAGUUCA